AUGAGCCACCUCUUCGGGCCCCGGGUGCCCGCCCUNNNCGCCUCGCCCAUGCUCUAUCUGUACGGCCCCGAGAGGCCCGGGCUGCCUCUGGCCUUCGCCCCCGCGGCGGCCCUGACUGUCUCGGGGCGCGCCGAGCCUCCCCAGAAGCCACCCUACAGCUACAUCGCGCUCAUCGCCAUGGCGAUCCAGGACGCGCCCGAGCAGCGGGUCACGCUCAGCGGCAUCUACCAGUUCAUCAUGGACCGCUUCCCCUUCUACCACGACAACCGCCAGGGUUGGCAGAACAGUAUCCGCCACAACCUGUCGCUCAACGACUGCUUCGUCAAGGUGCCCCGCGAGAAGGGGCGGCCGGGCAAGGGCAGCUACUGGACGCUGGACCCCCGCUGCCUGGAUAUGUUUGAGAAGGGCAACUACCGGCGCCGGAAGAGGAAGCCCAACCCCGCCUCCCGCGGUUCUCCGAAGAGCUCCGACAGGUCCAAGAGCUUCAGCAUAGACAGCAUCCUGGCGGGAAGGCAGAGCCAGAAGCCGGCCGGAGGGGACGGGUUCCCGGGGGGCGCCAAGCCGGGGCCCGCCGGCCGUCUGGGAGCCUCGCUCCUGGCCGCGUCCUCCAGCCUCCGUCCGCCUUUCAACGCUUCCCUGAUGCUCGACCCUCACGUCCAGGGCGGCUUUUACCAGCUCGGGAUCCCUUUCUUUUCCUACUUUCCCCUGCAGCUGCCCGACACAGCGCUCCACUUCUAG